CCGGAGACGCCGCCUCCAUUUUAGCACCGACACCAGGCGGAGCGGCAGCGGCUCGCAGCAUUCAGCGGCCGGCGGAAGGACUCCUGCGGCGGGACUGUGGCUCAGACCCCGGCGGUGGUUUCCUUCAGCCUCAAUCAGCCUUUUCUGCGGGAUGGCGGCGCUGCGGCGGGACGCGGCCGAAUCGGCGGAGGAUUUGUGAGGAUUUAGUGGCUCGUCCUGUGCGGUGAGACUCGUCGUCGAGUGGAGGAGAGGAGGCGGCGGCUCGGCUUCGGAUGGUGAGGUUCUCAGUGAGGAUGCGGCAGUGAGCAUGCUCAGAGUGUUGAUCGUUACCAUGGCGAUAUUCGGCGGCAGCCAGGCGUGCAGCGGUCAGGAGAACUGCUCGACCAACAGCGAGUCCAAAGACUACUGCUACUCGGCUCGGAUCCGCAGCACCGUGCUGCAGGGGCUGCCGUUCGGCGGCGUCCCCACCGUCCUCGCCCUCGACUUCAUGUGCUUCCUGGUGCUGCUCUUCGUCUUCUCCAUCCUGAGGAAGGUCGCGUGGGAUUAUGGCCGCCUGGCACUGGUCACUGACGCCGACAGGCUGAAGAAGAAUUUCAUCGACCCGGAGGAGAGAGAAUACGUUGCCUCAGCAAUGCAUUCAGAAACGCCGGAUCGCUACGAACGCCUCACCUCCGUCUCCAGCUCUGUGGACUUCGACCAGAGAGACAAUGGAUUCUGCUCAUGGCUGACAGCGAUUUUCAGAAUAAAGGACGAGGAGAUCAGGGAGAAGUGUGGUGAAGACGCCGUCCACUACCUGUCCUUCCAGCGCCACAUCAUCGGGCUGCUGGUCGUGGUCGGGGUUCUGUCCGUCGGCAUCGUUCUGCCGGUGAACUUCUCUGGAGACCUGCUGGAAAACAAUGCUUACAGCUUCGGACGCACUACGAUAGCCAACCUCAAGUCUGGGACAAACUUGCUGUGGCUCCACACUUCAUUUGCCUUCAUGUACCUGCUCCUGACCGUCUACAGCAUGAGGAGACACACAUCCAAGAUGCACUACAAGGAGGACGACUUGGUGAAACGCACUUUAUUCAUUAAUGGCAUCUCUAAAUACGCUGAGGAGAGUCAGAUCAAGCAGCACUUUGAGCAGGCGUACGAGAACUGCACGGUGCUAGAGGCUCGCAUCUGCUACAACGUGGCCAAACUGAUGGCGCUGAACGCCGAGAGGAAGAAGACGGAGCGCAGCAAGAAGUUCUUCACUGACCUGAUGGCGAAGGAACACGUUCCCACCAUGAUCAACCCCAAACCCUGCGGACACCUGUGCUGCUGUGCCAUCACCGGCUGUGAGGAGGAGGAGGCGGUUAGCUACUACACCAAGAGGGAGGCCAAGCUGAAGGAGGAGUACCGCAAGGAGAAGGAGAAGGUCCACACCAAACCUCUGGGCAUGGCCUUCGUCACCUUCCAGAACGAGGCCAUGACUGCGAUUAUUCUGAAGGACUUUAACGCCUGCCAGGUCCAGGGUUGUCGCUGUCGUCAGGAGCCUCGUUCCUCUCAGUUCAGUGACGUUCUCCACGUCCACAACUGGAGUGUUUCGUACGCUCCCGACCCGCAGAACGUCCGCUGGGAGCACCUGUCGCUGGGCGGGAUCUCCUGGUGGAUCCGCUGCUUCGUGAUCAACUGCAUCCUCUUCAUCCUGCUCUUCUUCCUCACCACGCCGGCCAUCAUCAUCUCCACCAUGGACAAGUUCAACGUCACCAAGCCCGUGGAGUAUCUUAACAAUCCCAUCGUCACUCAGUUCUUCCCCACUCUGCUGCUCUGGGCUUUCUCUGCUCUGCUGCCCACCAUCGUCUACUAUUCUGCCUUCUUCGAGGCUCACUGGACCAGGUCUGGAGAGAACAGGACGACGAUGCACAAGUGCUACACCUUCCUGAUCUUCAUGGUUCUGCUGCUGCCGUCUCUUGGACUCAGCAGUCUGGAUGUUUUCUUCCGCUGGCUGUUUGAUAAGAAGUUCCUGGCUGAUGCUAAAGUCAGGUUUGAGUGCGUCUUUUUGCCGGAUAACGGAGCGUUCUUCGUCAACUACGUCAUCGCCUCGGCGUUCAUCGGAAACGCCAUGGACCUGCUGAGGAUCCCCGGCCUGCUCAUGUACAUGAUCCGGCUGUGCCUGGCUCGGUCCGCCGCCGACCGCCGCAACGUCAAGAGGCAUCAGGCCUACGAGUUUCAGUUUGGAGCAGCUUACGCCUGGAUGAUGAACGUCUUCACCGUGGUGAUGGCCUACAGCAUCACCUGCCCCAUCAUCGUCCCCUUUGGUCUGAUGUACAUGCUGCUGAAACACCUGGUGGACAGGUACAACAUGUACUACGCCUACCUGCCCUCCAAACUAGACAAGAAAAUCCACUCCGGUGCCGUCACCCAGGUGGUGGCGGCACCCAUCCUCUGUCUCUUCUGGCUGCUCUUCUUCUCCACCGUACGCACAGGCUUCGAGACGCCGACCUCCAUGUUCACUCUGGUGGUGCUGAUCGUCACCAUCGUGGUCUGUCUGUCGCACGUCUGCUUCGGACACUUCAAGUAUCUCAGCGCUCACAACUACAAGAUCGACACCAAGGAGAACGACGUGGACGCUGUGGAGAACGGACGUCCGGCUCGCCCCUCGUCCUCCCCCACCACCAAGUCUCAGCAGCAGCAGCAGCAGCAGAUGUACAUCGCCCAGGUGCUCCAGGACCCAAACUCAGAUGAGCCGGGCGGCGGCAGCAGUGAGGAGGACCGAGGCUCAUCCCAGGACGAGGAGAUGCUGAACGGAGGGAAUAGCAUCAACGAGGCGGAUUUCCAGUCAGGGGAGGACAGUCUGAUCGCCAACGAGGUCCACCAGUAGCUGGGGGCGGAGCUAGAGGGAGGGGGCGGAGCUAGUUGAGGGCCAUACCCACACAACAGUUGAGCUGACUGGAGAAUCACUACACACACAAACACUCAUACGGUAGACUGCCGUGAUUAGCUCCACCCCCUUCCAGCCUGAAGACUUGACCCUGACCUUCGACGCCGGCGCCGGGUCGCCAACACCCAGUCCUGUGGAAACCAGAGGGACCUUAAAGUGUCUCCACAGGAUGUCACUGUAAAUAACCACAAAGCCAAAAGUUUUUUUUGUUGUUUUUUGUCGGGUGGGUGCGGGGUUCAAAAAUUUGUGCCUGGGCUGGAUUUCGUUCGUUCGCACUCGUGUCUUGACUGCUGAUCGCAGUGCGGGUCGCCAGGACUGGACCCGUUGAGGGAUUCUAGCCGAAGCUGACGCUGUUCUUUUACUGGGCCCGGUGACACCUCCAAACGUCACCGCCAUCCUCCAGUAUCAGAGCACUAAAUGACUCGCCAACCGCCGGUUCUUGUAGUGGUAGAAGCCUCGCUUACGCAGACGCACCGCAGUCCCUCUUCCCUCCUUCAUCCUGUGGAUCUUGCCGGUUCGUUCAACACAUCUCACGGAGGUUUUGUUUUUCUAACCUGCCAAGCUUUCGCUGCAUGUUGUAAAAGUGCUGUCUGGAUGUCGCCGCGGCCUUCGGAUGAUGUCAUUCAUCGCUGGCCAAUGAACUCGCCACAGUUCCAUCUUGAUUUCGGCGGCACAUCGUCCCACCUUCUGGAGGAGCGUUUGCAGCUUUUCCACUUCCACUGGACGAUCCUCAAAGCACUGGACUCAGCGUGAGGAUGCUUUCUGGUUUUGAUUUCACCUGAACUACCUUAAAUCGUGAAUACCUGACAAAGGGAAUGGGGAUGUUUGUGUCUGUGUACAUUUAGCAAUCAAAACUCUUUCCAUUUGUGGGGACUUUGUGAAGUCGCUCUGACUCUUCCAGCAGCAGCAGCAGCAGUAGUUUGGUAGACGCAGAAGAGCAGCGCUUUUCGGCCGGAUGUUCUACCCUCGACGCCUGAAGCUGUCGGGACUCUCAAGGGAAAUGUUUUCUGUCCUGUGUGUAUUGAAGUGUGCACUGUCAGCCUGUCUGUGUGUUUAGUAGCUUUUUGUACGCCAACCUGCAUCAUGAAGGGUUUCACAGCAUCACCAGGUAACCGAAAACACCUGGCUCACAGGUUCAGCCGUUUCUCAAACCGAUCAUCCCUCUACUGUAGAAUUAACGCUGCAAGAUGUUUCCUUCACACACAAUCAUGUUUUCACAUCAACAGAGUCUGUUUUUACUGCAUUACAGCUGCAGCGGUUUCAUUCUACCAGUUCCACCUCUGGCACAGUGCUUGUUUAGCCUAGCUUAGCACAGAGUUAGCUUCAGAUCUGUCACACCGAUGCUUUCACUGCAGGAAUCUUUGUCGAUGAAAGAUGACAUUUCCAGAAACAAGCCGUCUAAUUGAUCCUUUCAACUGUUCUGCUUCCGCUGUGGUGUAGAAUCCAAUAUCUCAGACCAUCAAGUUAACUCUAAAUGCAAAAAAAAGACAAGUAGUAGUUAUUGAACGUAACUGCAGUUGUACGUCAGAAUUAGAACUUUUGGAAGUUUGUCAUGUUAUCAUCUAUGGAGAACGUCUGCAGAGGUAGAGGUUCCUGUUGGACAUUUUAAAAGGAAGAGCAAGUUCCUGCAGUAGAAAGCAGUCCAUUGUGACUACCAAGCUAAAGGCUAAUAUAUUGUUGGACCUACAGACCUCAACCUGUUAUCAUCUUUUAGCGGUCACAAUGCUGUGACUUAUCAGUGUACGCUAUCUUGUUCGUUAACGAGGGAAAACUGCUAAGCAAGCUCCUUCAAAAGAGAUAAAGAUUUGUUGUUUGCUUUUAUAUCUAAAGUAGGCAAGCUUCUUAGUCCUGUUAGCAUAGAGUUAGCCUAAUGUGUUGGUAUCUAUUUUCAUAUAGAGUUUACGUUUAUGCUAACUUUUGCACCAUUGACCAGUUUCAAGUCAGAAUUGAGUUAAGUGGCAAUUUUUAAGUUUACCAUCUCGUUCACAAUGUAGCUUUAGUUUUUAGUAGCUUGCAAAUAAAUUAGCAUUAGUUUUUGAUUUCAUCAGCAGGGAGUAACCAGCUCAGUUACUGAGUGUUUCUAGCUUGUUAAUGAGCUAAAUUUAGUUUUUUAGUUCAUGAAUUUGUAUUUAAAAACUACCUUUAGUUUCUGAGGUUAUUAGCUUGCUAACAAACUGGCUUUAGUUCCUGGUUUUAUCAGUAAUUUACAAUCUAGCUCCCGUUAAUGUGCUUAUUUGCUUCUUAAUUAACUAGUUUGAUUUUAAGUUUUUCUUUUAGCUUAUUAGCUAACUAGUUUUCAUUGUAAAGGACAUUAGCUUAAAACUAGCUUUAGUUGUAAAUGUGAUUAGCUUGAAAUUAGCUUCAGUUAUUUUUCUCAGCAGCUUGAAAACUAAGUCUUAACAAUAAAUGAUGAUGAUGAUUCUUGAGUUUGUUAGCUUGUUAACAUGUUAGCUUUAGUUUUUGAAAUGUUAGCAUUAUAUAAAUAGUAAUAGUUGUACUUGGCGAGCGUUGUUCUUCAGUUAUUUAGUGUUGAAAUAGCUCUCCUUAGUUCAUUAGCCUGUUAAAGAGAAGGACCUCUGGUUCUUGAUUUUGUUGGCAAGCUAAAAAACUAGCUCUAAUUCCUGAGCCUCUUAGUUUAACAAAUUAGCAUUUGUGACCUGAAUAACUUGCUCAGUGACAGUCGGCUUGCUAGACUGGAGAGCUUUGUCCCUCUUCAAUAACUCAUCACAGAGUGAAACGGCGAACAAUCCCAGGAACAAAUGACUAGUGUGUUAGCAGUUAGCUUACAGGCUAACAGUAGUUCACCAGCUAGGCUACAGCAGCGAGUUUCCAUUUCCACAAAUGUGUGAAUCGUCUGAAGCAACGUUUGAAAGUGAUUUUUUUCUCUCUUGAUGGAGCUACGCUAACCUAGCAGUUUUCCCCAUUCCUUCCAGUGUUUGUGCUAUGCUAGGCUAACCAGGCACUGGACACCAGGUGAAAGAAAACAAGGAAAUCAGAAGUUUUCUCUGACCACAGGUUUAGUUUAAACUAGUCUGACUCAUCAGAUGUAGAUUUAAGCUGACAUUGCUCGGCUUUCUCCUUCUCUGCUGAUGUUCACCAGUUUAUUGUUUCUAAAACCCCUUCAGGAAACGUCAUCGUUCACACGGAACAUCUCAAAUCUUUUGAAGAUUUGGAACAUCAGUAAAGCAGACACGUAAAUGUUUAGCUCCACCAUCACGUUGAAUAGGAUUUAAAGGAGCACAAACAUGGCAGCGGUUUUUAUUUCCCCCAAAGCAGAACCAUUAUGAGCUGGAUAGAAUGGUCUGACCACUCCGUGUUUAAACAGCUGGAUAGAAUGGUCUGACCACUCCGUGUUUAAACAGCUGGAUAGAAUGGUCUGACCACUCCGUGUUUAAACAGCUGGAUAGAAUGGUCUGACCACUCCGUGUUUAAACAGCUGGAUAGAAUGGUCUGACUACACUUUUUUGUUUAAACAGCUGCAGCUUUAAUGCAGAUUAUUUUCUGGAUGGAGGUUCAGGCGUUGCUUUCCAACAAUCCUCGUGGUGUCUACUGUCAGCUGGGUCUAGAUCUGUUGUUGAACCUGUCGUCGUCAUGGUUCCUCCUGCUGCUCUACCUGAGGUGAAGAACAUUGAAGCUCAUCUGGUGACACCAGGUGUGACUCAGCGCCGCCCCCUGGUGGACGGUUCAUCCUGACAUGAUUGGGUAGAAACGAUGACACUCCCAUUGUAGAGGCUUUAAGACGAGGUGUCGGCGUUGCCAUGACAACAGGAGCAAAGGCACUUACCUGGCUGGCAGUGACAUCAUCAAGAAGCGACAGGUUGGGGUGCGGGGGGGCGAUGAAAUAGUCUCAGGUGUGUUUUUUUUCCCCUAAAAUAAUGUUUACAUCAGUUGCUUUUUUUCGUGUGUGUGUGUGUGUGUGUGUGUGUGUGUGUGUGUGUGUGUGUGUGUGUGUGUGUGUGUGUGUGUGUGUGUGUGUGUGUGUGUGUGUGUGUGUGUGUGUGUGUGUGUCGGACACAGAGCUGGACUAUGAAAGCUGUAGCCUCCAGGCAGGACGCCAGUUUGGCGGCUACAUGCUGGAGAACCUGCAGCGUUUGUGUCUUGUGUUGUGUCCCGUCACCUCCAGGGGGCGCUGCUGCAGCGCUCUGCACUGAUUGUAUGCACAUGAAGGAGGGAUCUGGAUCUGAGGCUCCAGGUUCGGUUCAGUGGCUCCUGAAACAUUUAGCCGUCGUGAAAAGAAAAAGACAAAACAUUAAUGAAACCAAAGUAAGAAGUUGGUGAGUUUCAGAUCUUUGUUGGGCUGCUGGUUCUGGUUCUGGCAUCAUUAGAGCCCGAUUCAAACUUGGUCCAUAAUUAGACCUGACCCAAACAGACCAGAACACCAGUCCAGUGAGCACCUGAAAGGACCAGACCACCACCCUGGGCGGGAUGUGAUCCGAUGGUUCUAUGGGGGUUCUGGGAGUCUGUGUGGGGGUUCUGGGAGUCUGUGUGGGGGUUGUUUGAUAUUCCAGCAACGUUGGUUCAAAGCUGUGAUGAAGGCUCUGAAGAAUCAGCCACUGCUCUUUGCUUUCUUAGUUUUUUAAAUCGUUGAAAUGUGAAAAGAAGAAUGUGAAGCGACUCGUUGGUUGAAAACAACUGAAAUGAAAACCGUGUACAAAGUGAAAUGUGUGUAAAUAGCCAUCGAAGCGCACGUCGUCUUCGGAGACGCAGCGACUCAUCACUCCACGCUUUUAAUUUAUUGCUGUGACACUAUUUAUUUUUACUUUGGUUCCGUAUGUACAGUGAAACAUUCGUCCUAUUUAUGUUACUUGAUCAAUAAAAUUGGCUUUCAUCUGUU